AUGCGCUUCACUUCUCUCAUCGCUGCAAUUGCUUCGGCAUAUCUAGCCUCCGUCGCAUCGGCAUGCCAGCCAGACGGCACCAUUGGAAGCUCAUUGCCGGCUUCUAACCUCAAUUGCUGCAGUGGCUGUGCUUGGAAUAGCUACAUCCGGAAUAAUGCCGUUACAUACUAUUGUCCUUCGGUUUCUGGGAGCCAGUGCAACAUCAUUCCUUACCACGGCUAG